GCCUAUCAGACACUAGAAAAGAGCUCUUAGAAGGACAGUGAGAUGUAUUAGUUCUGCAAGACUGAUCAUCUACCUUCUUCAGAUUUUAGUGAGAUCUCCUGCAACACAUCAGUGAUGAAGCAAUAUAUUCUUGUGCUCCUACUAUUCACAGGAGUCCUUCCCCUUGUCCUGUCUUUCUCUCGUACAUACUAUCUGAUCCAGGAGAGGAAAACUUGGGACAACGCUAAGGCUUACUGCCGAGCCACAUAUACUGACCUGGCUAUCAUCAAAAGUAAUGAAGAGAUGGCCAAUCUUCAGAAUGUAGCACAGACACAACAAUUCAGUUCCAAUGCUUGGAUUGGAAUGUACACUAACAUCAACAAGUGGCAAUGGUCCAUGGGCAAUGAACCACUGGGAAGUUUUACAUCUUGGAUAACCGGGGAGCCUGAAAACAUGAUGGGAAAUGAACGUUGUGUCUUUACUCAACAGUGUCUCUGGCAUGAUGCACCAUGUGCAUGGAGAGUACCAUUUGUGUGCUUUGAUGACAGGAAGACUGGAUCUGACAGCUACAUUCUUAUCACACAGCGUAUGACUUGGUAUGAUGCUCAGAGCUACUGUAGGCAGCAUCACACAGACCUGGCCAGUGCGAGAAAUGCAACAGAAAACUCAAUCAUAGGGAGUAAGAACGAUUUGAGUUGGAUUGGCCUCAUGAGAGACCCCUGGUUUUGGACAGACCAGACGACUGAUGUGUCCAUCAUUACGUGGUCGCGUGGAACCAUUGAGGAUUACUUGAUGAAUAAAAGUUGUGUCUAUUUAAAUGGUGGUCAGGCUGAUGUAGAACAGUGCUCAAACAUACUGCCUUUCUUCUGUUACUUGUUCCCAGAACAGCAUAAGACCAUAAAAAUGAAGGUCAAGUCCAGUCAGGAUGUGAAUGAUCCUGCAAUGAUGGCAGCCAUCGAGGAGAAGCUCAAGCAGAAACUGAAGGAUUAUGGAAUGAAUGAGAACAUCAUUGUGAAGUGGAGAAAGCAACCAGAUGGAGUGGUGUUUCACAAGGAGGAGGAAAAUAUUACUGCAGUGACUAAAACUAGGGAGACUUGUGAUCUCUAAAUCUCAAAUAAUGUAUAAUUUGCAAUAAUCACUUUUAGUUUGAGGACACAGAGUGUGUGUAAUAUUUUAGCAUUCUUAAGUAGUACUUUAACAGACCCAGAGUUAACAAUUUCACUGAGGAUGAUGUUGGAAUUCUUCUUUAGUUAAAACUAAAAGCAGCUGGAAUCCAAAAUACUGAAACUAGUAACAGCUUAUCAGCAGACGAGCCAGUUCACCAAACUAAGAGCCAAGCUGACAUUUCAAACAGUUUAGCUAUUCCAGCUUUUACAUUUGAUUUGUUUGGGUUUGGGGUGUUUAGAUUAUGAUUGAAGACUUUAAUAGUAAUUGCUAAAUGAAUCAAAUAACUUUAGUUAGAAUACAUAAUAUGGAACAGGAAUCUUCUGUGUAAUUGCUCUGUCAUGUAUAUAUUAGCAUAUAACCACAUGCUAAAUCUAUGUAUAUGUAUCAGUGUAGGAUUUUUUUAAACAUUCAACUAAUUAACUGUUUCAUCUUUCUUUGUUAAGCUUUAUAUUUAAAUCAGACAAGAAACGUCAUGUUCUAUUAUAAUACAUACACUACUUGUUACGGGGGGAUCUUCGGUACGUUAGGAAGGGGGAAGUACCGGGUCAGCCCCGUCCUCUACGAGGAUGCUGAGGGGAGAGCGGACUGGUGCCCGGGGCAGAUAGGGAAAGUGUGCGACUGAAGCAAUGUAUAGUAGAAUUGUUGAGUGUAUCAGUUAUGAAGGAUGGGAGAAUAAUAUAAUGGGAUAAUGAGGGUUUUAAUAGAGUGCAGAUGAAAAGUAGAGUGGAGUGCUUGGAAGGAACAUCCAGAGCGGGGUUCGAACCGCGGAGGUUGCGAUCUCUAGACACGGUACCGCUUCACCAAGCGAAGACGUAAGAGUCAUUUGGGGAAAUGCGCAGGAGAGGAUCAGGAAGCUGCACCGCUACGCUGCUGAGCCUCUCGUGCCCCGCCCACUUUCGAGAUUACCUCUCGAGGCGCUGAGCGCUCCGAUACGAGUCACCGUAUUCUGAGUUUAGUGAAAACUUUGUUAAACUGCUUUUCGUAAUAUUACCUCUCAGAGCGCCUAGAGCUCUGAUACAAAUACCGAGAAGAGAAUAAGGGAUGCCUUUAGUGAUCCUAGACCUCUAGAUAGUACCUCUCACCGCGCAUUGCGCUUCGAUACAGAAUCCCACCCUAAUUCUAGCACAGACUGUGUCCGCACGCGGAGUGAAGGAGUUCUGUGGUUUAAGCAGCAACGCAUGCAGGUGCCACGAGUUGCGCUAAUUGCGGGCACGUGAGCCGGCGGCUAUAAGAGAGCGUGCUGGUGGCCGCGGGUUUGCCUGAGAAGGCACUGGCGACGUUACAGUAUGUAUACAGAAAAAAGGUAUAAGUUUCAUUAUUAUCUAUAGGUAAACAAAAGACAUCAGCAGAAACAGACGUGGUGGUUGACAUGUUCACUGGCAGUUUUGUGAGUUUACUACGUAAAGGCCUAUCUAAGAUACGGAAGAUGGAACUGUCACUGUGACUGUUCAGCACAUGUUCUCAAAACAUAACAGAAAGAAUUUCUAGGACAAAACAAAGGAUAUCACGGUAAUUAGAUGAGGUCAUAAACAAAUGGCGACAAACACUCAGCCAAGGGCCAGAGUCAGCCCAGGACAGAGCGUGCCGAGAUAUACUCAGAAUAUAUCAACGCCUUCUUAGGUCCCAAUGGGACCUGUGCAUGCUCUUAAGGAGCAUCAAAGACAGCCUCACUGACAACUGGGCCAUCCCACAGGCCCAACCUCAAACAGUCACCCUUUAAUGCCGCGCAUGCCAGAGGUCAGAGGGUGGUCAUGUCCAGUAAGAAGCAAGACCUACUUUGUAGUAUUGAGUGGAACUGCUACAUAUGGGUUGUUGUCUAGGGUGUGUACGGAUUGCCUACACUACAGAAAUGUACUGAAAAAUACAUGCUAACAACAGAGAGGCGAAAUGAUGAUCACAGUGACUGGUACGAUGGGAUACAAAAUCCAAUAGCAUUAUGCAUUAUGAACGUUGGACAAUUUGCGAGCAAUUUCUAAACAAAAUCACAGGCCAAAUUUCCCACCACACUGCUGCUGAGGCAUAAGUCUACAUACACAGGAGCAUAAGGCCCCUACUAA